CACGUCCCGGUGCUGGGGCUCACCUGGGGCCGGGUGUCGCCGGAACUGCUCUCUCUGGCCCCCAUAGACAUCAUUUUGGGAUCGGAUGUCUUUUUUGACCCGAAAGACUUUGAAGAUAUUUUAACUACGAUUUACUUCUUGCUGGAAAAGAACCCACAUGCUCAAUUCUGGACUACCUAUCAAGUCCGAAGUGCUGACUGGUCUGUAGCAGCUCUGCUCUGCAAGUGGAAACUGAAGAGCACCCACGUUCCCCUACACUCGUUUGGUGCAGACCAAGAGCACUUGGCUGGCUCCUCUCUACCAGGAAGACACAUGAUCGAAAUGAUGAUCAUCUCGCCAGCACAGUCAGGGAACUUGGGAGGGCUCUUAGACCUUGAUCUAGAGUUGGAUUCCCUCUUUGAGGCAGGGGGAGGGCUCCUCGAUCUGGACCGGGAUCUGGACCUGGACCGGGAUCUGGACACGGACGAGGACUUGGACUUGGAUCUCCUGGCAGACCUGGAUUUCGAGGUGGAGCGAGACCGAGAGCGUGUGCGCGACCGGGAUUUGGAUCGACUGUAG